GGAGUUUUAGACAGUUGUAAGCUGCCAUGUGAGUGCUGGGAUUGAUCCCGGCUUUCCUAAAGAGCAACAGGUGCUUUUAACCACUGAGCCACCUCUCCAGCCCUUUGUUUCAGGCAUUGUGGUAGGUGUUUUCACAUAUAUUAAAUUAAAAUAUGUAACUCUUUAUGUCUCUAGUCCUCAUACCAACCUUCCACAUGGGUGUUAAUAUCCUUGUAGAUAUUAUGUAAUUUCUGCAUUCUAAAUUCCAAACACAGAGACUAGAAUCUUCAGCCUUGCUAAGGAAAUGCCUCAUUUUAACUCUUCAUUGUGUUUUGUAGAACACAUCUUUUGUACUGGUUUAUUGAUAACACAAUUAGUAAAACAAUUAAUGUUUGUAUUUAUUUUCUACCCCACACUCUGUGCCCCCAUUUUCCUUAAUUCAUUCUUAAAAAUAAUUAAGGAUUCUGUUGGAGAUAUGAAGUUAAAAAAUAUGAUGUAAUUUGUGUUAAGAUAUCAUAAUGAAUAAAUAGAAGAAACAUAAUGUAUACAAGUCUGUUGGUAAAAUUGCCAACGAUAUUCUUGGAAUGUGGUGUGUGUGUGUGUGUGUAUGUGUGUGUAUGUGUGUUUCCACAAUCAUCAGUGUUUGGCUUAUUAAUGCAGUACUUCUUGUUAUCUAUCUUUUCCAAAUAAAAACUAACCAUUGUUUGAGGAUAAUUAUAGAUACAAUUGCUGAUCACUAUGCAUAAUCACCUCAGUUAACCAACCAGCUGAAUAGAGUAGUAUUAUUACCAUCUUUAAACAAAGUUAGUAAUAGAGGUCUGAGUGGAUUUGGUUCACUGGGAGCAGAUAUUGAGAUGACCAGGAAUCCACAUCUGUGUAAAGACAGAGGUGAUGCAGAACAGGGGAGAAAUUAAACUGUGGUGCAGGCCUGACCACCUUGGCCAAUUCAAUGAUGCAUUCUAUCACAAGAACGCCCCAGCAGCGUUCCAUGUUGAGUGAAAAUAGACAAUGCUUUGUACACUUCUCUUGGUCCAUUGUUAUGUGCAGGGUGUCAAGGACAGAAUGACCUUGGGUAAAGCACUUCUCAAUGGAGAACACACUGAGGGAGUUAAUGUCUGAGGCUUGUGUUAACUGCUGUCCCCAGAACAGUAAACACAUCCAUAGAGCACAAUCUUGUAGGGCAUCCUUGGGUCUACCUUGGGUUCUAAGACUUUAAAAAGCAUGACAUCUAGUGAGUAUCAAAUCUUUGAUACCACAUCUCAAAAGUUCACCAGUUCCACCAACAAGUCAAUUUCUAACCAUCCUUUCAAUUGAAUGUGUCCGAACCAUGUUUAUAUCUUUUUCAGAAUUGCACUCUGGCCACAGUUCUGUGGGAUCUGAAUUCAGUAGGUUAAGUGCAAGACCUAGGAAUCAGUCAUUUUCUAACAAGUACUCAGGCUGAUUGUAAAGAGCAGUCAUGUAUAGAUGCCACUGCUAGCAAUAACAUUAGUGCGGAAAUCGAUACAUUAGAAUGAGAAUGGUUUUAGAUGUGGGGUGACGCUAUGGAGUAUUAUCUGGGUGUGCGCUAAAAAAGUCAUGACUAAGGAGGGUCUGAUGUUGUCGAACAUUAUUGCAUCUAAGUCUGUGACUGCUGUUUUUCUGAACACCUGGAUGAAAUACUACAGAAAAUAAAGUUGCUUUAUGCUUCACAGUAGUAACUGAGUCAGCAAGUAAGUGGAAUAAUUACUGUGCAAGUGGCUCCUGGGUGUUUGUAAAGAUAAUUUGCAUUUUGCCAAAUUCUAUUUUACUUUUUGUCAUUCAACAUACAACUAGCAGUUUGUGUUCUAAAGUUCAUGUUUUAAAACUGUUCCCAGUAUGCAACAAAUCACUUCUAAGAAUGCAGUAAACUCUUUCAAUAUGUGCAUUGACAUGGAAAUUACAAUUUUCAGAUCAAAUGAUACAUGAUUACGGUGGGAUGGUUUGAGAUAAAAAGCCUAGCUACUGGAUAAGUUAUAAACACAAAGCAAUACUGACUUGUCAUUGAGCAAUGCAUUUCUGAAUCUGGCUUCUUUCAGUUCUUUCCUAGAAUAAAAAGGAGAGUGAGAUUCUGAGGCAAAGUCUUGGCUAGUGGUACUCUCAGUACUGCCAGCUGUGAAGUGCUAAAUAGCCAGUCUGUAGCCUCGGCUGGCCUCGAACUCAUAGAGAUCUGCCUGGUUCUCCGAGUGCUGGGAUUAAAGGCGUGCACCACCAUGGCCUGGCCAGGAUGGACUCCUUUAUAUGACAAAAGAAAUCAUGAGGCUGAUGGUUCAGCCAGUAAAAUACCUGCUGUGCUCAAAUGAGGACUUUAAUUCAGAUCCCCAGAAACCACAUAAAAGGAUAGAUACAGUGAUACGUAUUUGUAAUCCCAGUGCUGGGAAGUGAGUGAGAGAGACAGAUGGAUUCCUGGAGCUCAUUUCCAGUUCACUCUAGUCAAAUCGAUGAGCUUCUGGUUCAGUGAGAAGCCCUGUCUACAAAUAUAAGGUGGAAAAUGACUGAGAAGGAAACCUGAUCCAUGAACUCGCUCGGGAGAAUGCACACAGCAUGUCUACACAUCUACAUGAACACUUACAUACAUGACACACACAUCAAAAGCAGAAGCAGAAGCAGGAGGAGAGAGAGAACAAUUCCCAGAGCAGAGAAUGAUGAAAGUCUGUACUUGACAGGCUUUACUUCUGGUUGGAUAAUAUUGUGAGCUUUAGAUGAUUCAAGGCUUUUCUUUUAAACUUCUCAGGCCAUUUCGGAGGGACAAUGAACAUUGCUUUAACUGCCACAGGAAUUGCACACCCCAUUCUGAACAGGAAAGAGGAAUGAGUGGUAACGUACUAUAAACAGGGUGCCUCCUUGGCCAGCAGUGUGGCUUCUAAGAGCUCUGCAGACUGUAUUACCUGGUGUGCCCAGGGUACAUGGAUGUCAAUACUGGUUGGCCAAGUUUCUUAAAUUCGGAAGCAGCGUGCUCAUUCAUGUUUGUAUCUCCAGCCGCUGUGGCUUAUCUGUUUAAAUAAAUGAAUACAAAAUACACUGGAGUUUGGCCUUGGAUGGAUAUCACCACCCUUGGAGGGAAAGAUUUCUCAGUUUCUCCCAAUGACUACAAAUGCACAAGUGAAAAACAUCAAGCUUUUUCAUUUGGAAAAUACAUAAGUUCCUGUUGUUUUAAGCUAGUGAUUAAAUGUGAGCUGGGGACCCAGAGCCCUCCCUCUGCCCCCCAGCAAUCUAAUUUAGGACUUUCCCAUUUCUUACUUUACUGCUUAAUCUAGACAACAACCACAUAAAGCAUACCCAAAAACGGAAGUUUCCUUUAAUUGGUAUUCAAGAUCUCGUUUUUUGCUUAGAACUUUAAUAUUUAGAAAGAACAUGGAGACAGCACUAAUCGUGAUUGUGUUCCAUUGAUAGGCAUCUACAGACCGAAGAAGAAGGCCCUUUCUUCUUCCGUUGGUGAAGUGCAUCCUGUCACUCAUUUUCUCCAUAAGCUCAGAGAAGUCUUCACUGCUUUCAGAAAAUCACUCAGGCUCUUCAUACUGUCCUCUCCCGCCAGCUCUCCUGACUUUUUUUCCUCCUAAGAUGCUGCUAGGGUAGAUAAUACCAUCCAGCUCGGAAGAUCCCUAGGGAAGAAGAGAAGCCUUCUGCUGGAGGAGUUUACCCCUGCCUGAUAUGUGCUGGGAAUGAAGACACUGCCUGCCAUGCUUGGGACUCCAGAGUUAUUUAGGGAACUCUUAAUCCUCCACCUGGGCCUCUGGAGCAUCCGUGGUGAAGAGUCAUGUGAAGUACAAAUUAAGGUUAACAGGCAUUCGGAAUAUGUCACAACAGGAGAGCACUUUAAAAUUAAAUGUCCUGUGACAUACUGUGAUCACAGACCUAAUGUGACUUGGUGCAAGUACAGUGGAAAACAAUGUUUACCUUUUGAGUUUGGACCUCAGAAACACACUAGUUGGGAAGAAAAGCCAGAGGCUUCGGUUUUUAUUCUCCAUUUUAAACCAAUAAAUGCCAGUGAUGGUGGAUCAUAUAGCUGUUCUACAAACUUUAAUUCUAAUGUUAUUUACAGCCGCACAAUAACCAUCAAUGUGACAGAAAGGACUCAAAAUGAUUCAGAACACCAUCUAAUAACACCGUCUGACAUCCCAGAUGCCACCAACGCCUCAGGACCACCCACCACGGAAGAGAGGCUGGACAUGAUCUGGCUGCUUUACAGCUUGCUUCCUUUGGGGGCAUUGCCUCUGCUGCUCGCCUGUUUCUGCCUGGUCUGUUUCCUGAAAAGGCGCCAAGGGAAAGGAAAGAUGCCUUCUGACUUAGCAGAAAGGGACGUUAACCUGGUUGAUAUCCCAGUGAGUCCCAGGACAAAUUCCCAAACACUGCCAUCAGAAACUGGCAUUUAUGAUAACGAUCUCUGGUCAAGUGUCCAGGAAAGUUCUGAAUCUACAACUAACUCCCAAUUGGAGGGAAACAAACAGGGCAUUGUUUAUGCUUCUCUGAACCAUUCUGUUAUUGGAAGGAACCCAAGACAGGCAAAGAACAUAGAAGAGGCACCCACAGAAUAUGCAUCCAUUUGUAGGAGAAGUUAAAUCUGGUACUGACAUAGACUGUGAGCACUGUAGGAUGGACUUGUCAAUACCACUGUCUCGACCUUUGGGGUCAAAUAACUUUCUUCAACCCGGGAAUUUUCACGUCAAGAUGGUUCGUACUGGGCUGUGUCCGAAAGGUCCAUAGAAUAUUUAGUUAAAAUUUCUGCUGAAAACUUUGGAAGAGUUUUGUACAAGAGCCUUGAACAAAAGACUUUUCUCUGGGAAAACUCAUAUCGCAAAUAGUAGAAUAAUAGAAUGUUUAAAUUUGACCAUGUCUUACCCAAGGUGUGAAUUUAAUAUUUCCUUUGGAACUCUCAGAGAGACUUGCAGGGAAGAAAGAAGUGUGACAUUUGGAUCAACUCACUACACAUUCUAGAAAAAGGAUGGCCCAAUUUGACUGACUAAUCAUAAAUACAGUAAUGAUUGUAUGUUCCCAAUCUUCCAUGAUAACACAAUUUCUCAUGUCAAGCUAUAGCUAAGGUUUUAUUUUUCUUAAUAUAAAGGAAAAUUAUCUUGGACCCAAUUCAGAAAAAUAUUAGAAAAGGUAAUUGGUACAAUACAGGUACAGAAGAUGCCGAGCAGAGGUGGGGCCAAUGUACAUUAUCCCUGCUAAUGAGAUGCUCAUUACCACCCUGCUAAAUCAAGAAAGUUGGGUAGGACAGGAUUCAUCAAUGUAUAGUGAGCACUUUUGUAAUCAGAGCGGUAGUGUUCGGAUCAAGCAGAGUAAUGUGCAUGAAUGUGAUGCAAUGCUACCGAACUAAUACACGUAUGAACAUAUGAACAAGAGUCAACGGGAGGAGAGAUUAUAAGGCGAAUCCAGAUUGAACUUUUAAACCACCGUGUGCUUUACUCGAGAGCCAAUUCAAAGGGCCAUUCAGAAAAAGAAAGAAUCUGGAAUAUGUAGUUGAUCAGUAGGCGUUGACAUACUUUCAUGAAUGUCUGUUUCUUGCUUCUUAUCAAGUGAAUCAGGACGAAUCAUAUGUAAUGAAAUAUGGCAUAUGGAGGUCAUUCAGGUUUAAAUUCUGACAUUGUAGCUGCUUGAGAGGAUAGAUUUUUCAGGUGUGCUGAAUUUCCAGAUUACUUGAGUCUAAUUAUUUAAAACAUAGCUCGUAAUUUUAUUCAUCAGCCUGAGGCUUGAGUUCUCUGACUCUGAAACUGAGUAUCGUCAUCAUUUUAGUAUGCAGUGGAUGGCAAAAGCUAGAAGCCACUAGAACAAACACAUGAGCUGCUGAAUGAGUGAAUAUGGUCCAAGUAAUUGUGCAGGUGUGUGUGUGUGUGUGUGUGUGUGUGUGUGUGUGUGUGUUCCUGUGCCCAUGCAUGCUAAAAUGAAAACGUAAGACAUGACUUACAGAAACAAGACAAGAAACCAAUCAGAUUGCUGCCCUAUUUUUAGUUUGCUUAGGAGGUACAAAUCAUAGAACCAACUGGGCAUUAAAGAAAAUAAGUUCUGACACGGUGGGAAUAGGAAUGUUGUUAGAGAAGGUAUUCAGAAACAGACAACGAAGAGGCCUUGCUGAGAAAUUUCUCAGCCACUGCUCACAUCAGGUUUCAGUUCCCUGGAUGUGGGACAGCAGACACUGUUUUCAGAUACUCUUGCAACCAACUCUAGGUAAGCUCUUUCAACCAGGUGCAUUUGUGGGUAUUUAUGCAAAAAAAAAGUCUUAAAAUAGCUGCUUUAGCUGCUCAUCUUCAAAACGGAAACAGGAAGUAUGGGGGAUGAGCACAGCACCCUGUCCCUCUUAUCAGAUCAGCAUGUGAGUGGAGCAAUUCUAUCAGAAUUGUCUCCAGCUUUAAAAACAAAAUUCUUCUGCCAAUUUUGUUUAAAACAAUCUUUGAAAACCGCUGUGUGUGUAUGUAUAUCUGCGUAUGCCUGUAUGUGUGUGUGUGUUGUAUGCGUGUUGUGGCAUAUGCACACGUGUGUGCAGGAGCCAGAAGAGGACGCCAGGUGCCCUUUCCUAUUGCUCUCCACUUCACUCAGUUAGGGACAGGUCUCUCCUUGAACCCGGAGCUAGGCCUGUAGACAGCAAGCACCGUGAUGGAUCCUUCUGUCUCUGCCCCCCAUGUUGCUAGGGCUAUCUGCUCAUGCCCAGCUUUUUACACGGGUGUGGGCCAUCCAAACUCAAUCCCUUGCACAGCAAGCGCCUUUACCUGCUGAGCCAUGCCCGAUGCUCUUAGCUGGGUGGUGGAGGCACACGCCUUCAAUCCCAGCACUCGGGAGGCAGAGGCAGGCGGAUCUCUAUGAGUUCGAGGCCAGCCUAGUCUACAAAUCAAGUUCCAGGACAUCCAGAGCUGUUACACAGAGAAACCCUAUCUUGAAAAACCAAAAAAGAAAAAAAGAAUGUUAUUAUUAUAUUUUAUAGUGAAAGGCACUGCUAGAGAUUUCACCUCUAUGGAUGGUCCAUUAUGUUUAUGUUUGUACCGUGCUUAUCAAAAAUCACAUAUCAUUUAUGCUCUUAUUCCUACUUAGAAAUAUAUAUAUAUAUUUUCUCAAAUACAUCUGUUCCAGGAUUAUUUUCAUGUUUAUUUAAGUUACAGAUGGUAGAUAGUUUUAUGAUUUCC